AGCAUAUCGGACAUAAGUAGUUUCAUCGAAACCUCAAAAUGGUUUGAGAGAGAGGGUGGAACGUAACAGCAGAUACAGGAGGUUCUACGAAUAGUGUAUCAAAAUGGCACAUCAGUGCUAAUUGAGCCCGAUAGGGCUGCACUCCUACCUACCUACCUAUGUGGAACACAUCCUGUAGAAAUGGCUGUCGCGUUAAUGGAGUCGGUUCGUUUGGUCCCAUGUCGGUUCUCCGAUAUCCGCUUGUGUUAUUCCGUUGAACUUUUGGAUCUUUAGUGAGCUCAGCAGGCGCUGGUGAACGAACUGAAGUUCUGCGACUACGAGAUAUUUCUGGCAAUAGAGUGAACCCUAAGAGGUCAUCCGAACUACUCUUUGCAAAGUCAGUCUCGCCAUAAUUAUAGUUUUUCUGACUAGACACUAUCCAAUAGAUUUACAUGCGCUGCGACACUCUUUGCCAAAGCUUGUAUGGAUGAAGACGAGGUGGCAUCAUCUUGUCAUUUCCUUCCAUGAAGGUCUUGUCAAAAAAGCUGUAUAUUAUCCAAAAACAGGCUAAAAAUUCUAAGAAUCCUGAUAAGCUCGACCAAUCCUCUAGCAAUGGUGCUAGUACUGAUUAUUAUCUUAAAAUCUUAUAGUAAAGUUGAAUUUUAUUCACCAAAAAUUCUGUGUUUAAUAAGUCCUCGUGCAAGGUGUUGGAAUUGAUUUUGUAUUAUUAUGUCCGAUUUGUUGAAUUUGGCUAUUAAAUGAGUGAAAUAUAUGACUUAGGGUCUUCUGAUUAGCAGCCUUCUAUCAGUUAAGUAUUGGUUAACUUAACCAAAAUUCCUUUUUUCGGUAAACAACCAUUUUUUAACCAGCACUUAACUGGUUGCUAACCAGUUACUGAGAAAACGUUCCGUAAUAUGUAUGUAUAUUUAAUACUAACCUGAUAAUGUUUGAUGCUGUGUGUAAGUAUAGUUUUACAGCGACGAUAACAGUAAUAUCGGUACUAAAUUGUUUUUAAACUUUUUUUUGAGACUUUGAGUACACAAUUUUCUAAGUCUCUCGAAUCGAUUUCGAAACAUUACAAUUUGUUUAAUUUAAAUCUCUUUCAUUUCAGUAAUGCUUUAUUUUAUUAUACGUUUAUUAUGCAGCAAAAAAUUUCAAAUAUUGCUAAUAAUUCUAAUGAACUUUCGUGAUUGGGUAGACUACAUGAUACGAGUAGAAGUUGACGAUCUUUCAAUUGCUCAUCUUCUAGGUAAAAGCGUAGUUACAAAUUGCAGACAUAUACUAGCAAAUUUGGACAAUGACGAAUCGAAUAUACAGAACAUCAUAAGCCAUUUUGUGUCGAGAGUCGGCAGACAUAGAAAAAUACAAAUCUUUCGUUCAAAAAUCACUGGUGACAAAAUCAUCGGAAAGAGCUAUGCGAAAAGUUAUAAGAUAAUACGUGCACUUAGUUUUCCACUAAACAGUGAAUAUCUGCGAAGAGAGUACCUCACUCAAGUCGCUGGAGCUGAUUUACAGAUCUGUCCACAUGACAGUAUACAACAAUUUGUCAACUUUUUCACCACAAAUAGCGAAUACAAUGAAACCACUGUAUGGCUGCUCAUGCUCACCAAUCCCCAGCUGCUUGUACAUCCUUAUCUUGAGCAUCACGGUUUUCCGGUGCCGCAGUUGUUUGGCGUAUGUGGUUUGACCACAUUUCAGGAGCAUGUCGGCCAAACGCUGCAACAUUUCUACAACGCAAAUUUCGAAAUCAAAUUGCGCAUAGCCAAGCAACUGCUUGAGUCUGCUUUGAAGUUCACCAAUGGCUUUGAGGGUUACCGCAUGUAUAUAACCGAUUUAACAGCAGACAAUCUAAUCUACAAUGAGGAACGUGAUAAACUAUAUUUCAUUGAUUUAAAUACCGCUUUUAUAGUAGAUUCGAAGUACACAAUCCAUAAAGAUGACAUUGAUCAACAUGAAAAUAUAGAAUGCGAUGAUUGCUUCGCUUUCGUGCCGGAUCGUUUGUGCACGUAUGGUAUAAGCGAUGUGAAUUUACUCGAAUCGUGCCUGUUUUUGCGUGAGAAUUGGAAGCGUGAUCGCACGAAGGGUUUCCUCAAACCAAUACCAGCGGAAAUCACAGCAAAAUAUCCCAAUUUGGAGACGCUACUCGACAGCUGCGUGGAUGGUGUCGUAAAAACUGAAACAGAGUCGGUGGAAGAAAUGUCGCGUUUUCUCACAACGCUUAAGUUAAUAGAAUUGUUCUCAGAUAUUUUAAACGAAUUUUAGGUUAUGUUGGAAAUUAAUUAUAAUAAUAAUUGUUUUAUAUAAUAUUUGUAAAUUGUUGGAAUUUAAGUGAAAUUUUGAUGAUAUUCAAGUGAAAAUAAAUGUGAAAAUA